CUCAUUUGUCCCCAGAUCCAUGAUGCUGAGCCCCAAGAUCCAGCGCUCCAUCCGCGUGAAUGAUGGCCAGCUCAUCGCUCUCUCCGAGCGGGCCCAGUACGACCACAUACAGGCUGGGUACCUCCACAAACGGAGCUCCGACAACACAAAAUGGCAGGUCCGAUGGUUUGUGCUCUACCAGAACUUGCUGUUCUACUACGAGUCGGAAAACAACAGUCGACCAACAGGGGUCCUUCUUCUGGAGGGCUCUUACUGCGAACGCCUCAGCAAGCCGCUAGAGCGGGCCCCUGUGGGGUUUUGCUUCACCAUCACCUACCGUCGCGAGAGUCAGCGGCAGUAUGAGCUGCGCGCCGCUUCGGAGACCGACUGCGUGCACUGGGUCGACGCUAUACGAGAGGCCAGGUUAGUUUUGCUUCACCAUCACCUACCGUCGCGAGAGUCAGCGGCAGUAUGA